AUGGGAGGCUUGAUAUCAACGUUGAUGGACAUACGAAACAGCAUGUCUUUGGUGCCACAUCCGGUCCUUACCGGAAAGAGGGAGCAGCUGACAUUGACGCUGCCUGGAACAGAGACGGAAACGACAUCGGCCAUCUACCGCCACAGUCGAACCGGAAACGAGGCGGAGCACCGGCGAAUUCAGGAGGAAUACCGUGCAAGAAAUUGUGUGCAAACGCUUGAGGAGAAGUGCAAAACAUUGGGCUCACGUCCUGCUGUUGCUUACCGUCCGCUAGAGCGAUUAGAGCGCCGCUCCGUCCGUAAUGCGGAUGGGACUGAGCGCACGCUUGACUACUAUCACUACCGUGGGCGUCAGGUGGUGUCUUACGAGGAUUUAUGGCAUUACAUUACGUCCUUCGGCUCGGGGUUACUUGAGCUUGGGGUGCCUCAGCGUAGCAUGAUCACCAUUUAUGAAGACACGCGAUGGGAAUGGCUUGUGUCUAUUUACGGUAUCUGGACGCAUAACAUGGUCGCCACGACGGUCUAUGCGAACCUCGGUGAAGAUGCCUUGAGAUACGCCCUCUCGGAGACCGAUUCAGCGGUUAUCAUUUGCAGUGGCCGGACACUGAAGAUGCUUCUUACGCCGCUCCGUGAACGAGGGCUCCAUCCCAUCAUUGUUUGCCUCGAUAGCGUUCCCGUUGAUGUCGACAAGGGUGACUAUCAAAUCGUUGCGUGGACGGAUGUUGUGAAAAAGGGCGCGGAGGCAAAACAUGCCAUAAACAUUCCCACCGACAACGACAUUGAGGCGAUGAUUAUGUACACAAGUGGCACGUCCGGUGAUCCAAAGGGCGUCAUUCACACCCACGGUUCGAUUGCCGCGGGUAUUAAUGCUCUUGAAGAGCGACUAAGCGAUCUUUACAAUUCGACAGCAGAAACGGAAACGUACUGUGCCUUCUUGCCACUUGCACAUA